GAGCGUUGUACCGUAGCUUCUUCCUCGCAAGGUUCGSAGCAACGGCAAACUGUGCGGCUGCAAAGAGAUUUCAGUUAACGCAGAUAUUUCGAGACAUAACGACCGUAGAACGCGACGGCAGAACGCGUUUCAUACGAAGCACAAAAAUAAUUUUUUUUUUUUUUUUUUGGAAAUACUAGAAGGCAUAAAAGCAAAGAUAGUGCAAAGCAUUGACUGUGCAAUUGAUCUCAACAACGUGAAGACAGCAAAUACUAGAAAUUAUUAGAGACGUGUAAAAAAUACUAAAUGUGAAUAAAGAACAGUGCAGAAGAACUGAGAUUUUGCGAUUUACAUAAAAAGCGCUUGUGAUAAAAACAAAAACAAAACAUAAAAACUAAGAAACACUUUCUUACCGAAUCAAAAGACUUGAAAACACUUCAAAAAUCGAAACCAACUUGUACACAAUAGUUAGCAAUGGAUAUUGAUUACCUCGCUUACCUGGAGACCUUUUGGGCCUAUUUCCCCUACCUCUUCUACAGCUUCGUCUUCCUCACGCUCAUACCGAAAUCGCUGCGCCGCAUCAAAACUUUCGCCGACGCCGACUACGAAGCCAAUCGUCACAAAUACCAUCGCUGCUAUGCGCCGGACAUCUGCUGUCACACAAUGGGCGAAGCGCUGCCCAAGCCGAAGCCACGCAAAGCCGUAACACGCGUCUACCCGAAACGACACAGCACGGCGGGCACCACCAACACCGAAGCAUACUACRGCGGCAAACAGGACGCGACGCCGUCUCCAACAGUCAAUCACAUAAAAAGACAAGUAGAACCGGCAUCCAUACAAACCAACACGCAUGUCAAUCAAAUUGCGAAAAUGUUCGAGAAUGUGCCAACGGUGACGGUGUCACCCGCGCUGUUGGGCAAGAAAAUCAACCGCGUCACACCAACUAUACAAUCGCUGGAUGAAUCCACCAGCGCCAUUGAGGACGUCACGCAUGCAUCGCCACCAACGCCAAAGUCAAYGCUGAAUGUAUCGCGCCUAUCGCAGCUCCUCUCACAGGAGCAACUGGAGAAUUCGCUGAGUUUGUUGCAAGAGACAAACACGGAUGAAGAACAGAAUUGCUGGCGUGACUCACCGCCACGACGCACGAAACGUCGCGCCGAUGCGCCCUCCUCAUUACAUUACAACGGCGCCGGCACAUCGACAACGCCAUCGACCGCCUCGCCAGUCGCCUCAUCACCACCCUCCGACUCGCCGCCAUUAUCCGUCUCGCCGCUCGCCUCAUCGCCGGUGCUCUUCCGUCCGCAAUUGAGUAUGAAAUCCAGUUUGGAGGAUAUUUUCGCCGCCAUCGCGCGCAACGCCGAGAAAACUGAGAAUUUCAUCUACGCCGGCUGCAAGUCACUGUCGCCCGUCACCUCCAUCGAUGACAUACUGUCGCAGCGUCGCCUGUCGCGUCCGCUCUCGGCGUACUCGAUCAGCGAUCUGUUGAAUGAGGAGAGCAACAGCACAGCCAUGGAUGAGGCGCGCGUGGAGAAUUUUCUGUCAGUGCUGAACAAAACUUGAACGCGGCGCAAGCGCUAGUGCAAGUGCAUGCGCGGCAGCGUCAGCGCGCAACAGUUGGCGCGUUCACCAUAUGCGCACUUGUAUUUGUAAAAGUGUGCGUGUAUAUACGUAUUGAAGUAUAUUUGGUGUGUUUGGGGCUGUGAAGUAGUUUAUGAAAUCAAGGAUGGGUGUGUACUUUUAGUUAGCAUGUGCUUGCUUUCCGCUCCUACGCAUGCAUUUCUGUGUGUGUGUGUGUGUGUGUGUGUGUGUGUGUGUAGCUCACUGUAAUAUAAAUCGUAUGUGCAUUAGCCUUAAGUUAUAUAGCGUUGUAAAAGUUGACAGCCAGCGCCUAGUAGUCGCUUCGCAGUGAAAUGUCAAAGUGCCAUGCAAGCAACGCCUCAGCAACAACAACAACAAAAAGUGAAUAAAAAACAGCAAAAGCUGCCGCUUCGCACAUAUUUGUAUAGUUUGAGAUAUGUGUGUCGCAAGCGCGCGCCUGUCUGACAAGCGCUCCGGCGCGCAGUUGCAGCUGCAGCUGUGCCAGCGAUGAGUCAGCGYGGCCAAAGCGCACGUCAGUCACAAGUCAGCGCCAAGUUUGCGGAAUUCGAAAAUGAAAGAAGUUUCAAAAGAAAAAAAUACAUAAAAAAAAGUAUUCUUCUUUAAUAUUUUUCUAUGCAAUGCGCUUAGUUGUUGUUGUUGUUGUAAAAUGUGUGCAGCGUCCAGUCGGAAACAAAACUGUGAAUAUCCAAUUAAUUUUUAUGACUUUAUUAUUGUGUAACGCUUUGUACGCGCAUAAAUUGUAAUUCUUAUUGCUCACACUGCGGUUACACGACUAUUUAAAUGAUUACAGUUACAUGUUGCAGUACACGUAUGUAUGUGUGUAUGACAUAUUUGCAAGUAUAUAGAGACAAACACAUACAUAUAUAUACUGACUUCAAUUGCUGCACAAAUAAUUUCAAAUCACAAAGCAAAGCAAAAUACAGAAAAGAAAAAAUAAAAUAUCCAACAACAGCAAUUGAGCAGUUAUUUACUCGUAACUACUUGACUAGUAAGCCACUAAAUGCAGGCAGCAAAUCUUUUGCUUGUCUCAAGUCUUAUCUAACUAUAAUUAUCUGUCAAUUUAAAUCAUUAAACUGUAGUCCAACUAAUGUCUUGUCAUUACUUUUGCUUUAGCCUCGCUUACGCUCGUGUAAGCCACGCUAAGCGUGAAUUUAAAUAAAUAUGCUUAUUAAAAUUGUAUUUGUUGUAAAUGUUUGAGUAUGAGCUGUACUUAUUAUGUAAUAUUUAUAUUAUGAAUUAUGCAAAUAGCUGAACUAUCUAUUAAAAUACAUAUGUACAUCUUUACAAAUAGAUUGAAUGGCGGCGAUUACAUUGCAGUUGUGACGCCUCUUUAUUGCUAGUUUUGUACACGUACAUAUGUAUGUAUGUAUUUAUAUACUUUAUUUUAAACGAAACUUUAAUGCCAGUAUCUCACGAACGACUAAUACAACUGUAUGUAUAACGCUAACGAUUGUAUAUAUUAAUUUUUUAAGUAUUAACAAAUUUAUGAAGUGUAAAUAAAUGAAAAAUAAAUCGAA